CUGAUCACAUUUAAGCGUCGUGCGAGUUGAACGAUGAAACUGUCAGAGAACUCGGAGGAUUCUGGACGCAAUCGUGAAGCCAUGAAGAUUCUGUUGACGAUAGCUUGCUUGGUCGCAGUGGUCGCAACUUUUGAGGAUGGCGAGCUCACUGUCACUGAUCAAGUGUACCUCGACAUCAUGAUCGACGAUCAUCCCGCGGGAAGAAUUGUCAUAGGAUUAUUUAGCGACGUUGCCCCGAAGACCGUAAAGAAUUUUAUCACCUUAGCGACAACUGGAGUAGCAGGGAAAACGUACAAAGGUACCAGAUUUCAUCGAGUGAUUAAGAAAUUUAUGGUACAAGGCGGAGAUAUAGAAAAUGGUGAUGGGACUGGAUCUAUCAGUAUCUACGGAAAGUAUUUUGACGAUGAGAAUUUUGAUAUCGGUCACAAUGGACCCAUGUAUGUGAGUAUGGCAAACGCUGGACCAAAUACGAAUGGUUGCCAAUUCUUCAUUACAACCAUCCCCACUCCAUGGUUAGAUGGAAAGCAUACUGUGUUUGGGAAGGUGAUCGAAGGUGAACAUGUAGUAUUUAAGAUUGAACAAGUGAAAACCGAUGCCGAUGAUGUACCAAUUAAGCCCGUCAUUAUCUUUGAUAGCGGCUCCAUUCCGACCUCCUAUCCCUUUAAGGUGGAUGACAACAUUUACAAUCUCUGGGCAUGGAUAAAAGCAACGUCCAUACCAUUAAGCUUCAGUUUAGGAAUUCUUACAUUUUUCCACCAUAUGAUGAAAAAAUUAGAUGUCGCAUCAAUCUAAUAUCAUUUAUAAACUUUAGUGAAGUGUAUAAUAGAAAGCAAUGAAUAUUUCGCAAACGUUUAAAAAUAUCGAUAGUCAACGAAAAUCUUAUUUUACAGUUUUAGUAUCCAAAAUCAAUAUUAAGAAACGAAAACAAAAUAUUUUUCUGAGUCUUAUAUGAAGAGAUAAUAUUACUCGAAGACAUCGAGAGAAAUGUACUGCAUUUACUAUGAAAGACGCGUUAAGUACCUAGGAUUGAUCAUUUGGGCAAGGAUUUUAAAAUAAAAAUGCCAAGAUUCGUUUUA